AUUGACCCCAUGUGAACAUUAUGUGAGAAAUAACAGGGGGUGGAAAUGCGUCGCAAAUGCUUCUAUCUGCUCGAGGUGUGCGCCAUCAUGAGCCUGCUGCCUUCAGGCUCCCUCGCAGAUCUGACUUGUGAAGCUCUGCUCAUGCUGUCGGGAAAUGUCUCAUUACAGUCGCUGGCCUCCUCCUGGAACCAAACCCUCAGCAACGCCACAGGUCAGUGGAUCGGCCCGGGACUCUACUGUGACACCUCCAUCGACGGCAUCGGCACCUGCUGGCCCAGGAGCAGCGCCGGCCAGAUGGUGUCACGACCCUGUCCGGAGAUGUUUUACGGCGUCAGAUACAACACCACCAAUAAUGUUUAUAGGAAGUGUCUCGUGAACGGGACAUGGGCGCUGAAGGGGAACUACUCCAUGUGUAAGGCCAUACUUCACGAGGAGAAAAAAGGCAAGAUGCACUACCAGAUCGCCGUGAUCAUAAACUUCCUCGGCCACUGCAUCUCCAUGGUGGCGCUGCUGGUCGCCUUCUUCCUCUUCUUGUGUUUGAGGAGCAUCCGCUGCCUGAGAAACAUCAUCCACUGGAACCUCAUCACCGCCUUCAUCCUGAGGAACGCCACCUGGUUCAUCGUCCAAAUGACCAUGAGUCCUGAGGUGCACGAAAGUAACGUGGUUUGGUGCCGCCUCGUCACCGCCUCCUUCAACUAUUUCCACUCCACCAAUUUCUUUUGGAUGUUUGGUGAGGGCUGCUACCUCCACACGGCCAUCGUCCUCACCUACUCCACCGACAAGCUGCGCAAGUGGAUGUUCAUCUGCAUCGGCUGGUGUAUUCCAUUCCCUAUAAUUGUGGCAUGGGCAAUUGGGAAGCUGUACUACGACAAUGAGAAGUGCUGGUUUGGGAAGCGAGCUGGCGUUUACACAGACUACAUCUACCAAGGUCCCAUGAUUCUCGUCUUAGUGAUCAAUUUCAUUUUCCUCUUCAACAUCGUGAGAAUCCUAAUGACCAAACUGCGAGCCUCGACCACAUCGGAGACCAUCCAGUACAGGAAAGCUGUGAAAGCCACUCUGGUGCUCCUUCCUCUCCUGGGAAUCACCUACAUGCUCUUCUUCGUCAACCCGGGAGAAGACGAGAUCUCGCAAAUCGUCUUCAUUUAUUUCAACUCGUUUUUGGAGUCAUUCCAGGGCUUCUUUGUGUCCGUGUUUUACUGUUUCCUAAACAGCGAGGUGCGGUCGGCCGUGAGGAAGCGGUUCCACCGUUGGCAGGAGCAGCACUCCAUCCGGGCCCGGAUGACCCAGGCCAUGUCCAUCCCCACUUCACCUUCACGGGUCAGCUUUCACAGCAUCAAGCAGUCCACGUCGCUAUGA